CCUUACAGGAUGUGGACUAAAGGCGAGUCGGAGGGACUCCAGACUUUAGGGAUUGUGGUGGUGGUGUGCUCCUCUCUGAAACUUUUGCACUACCUCGGGCUAAUUGACUUGUCAGAUGAUAAAAUUGAAGAUGAAUUAGAAAUGACUACGGUGUGCCAUAGACCCGAGGGACUGGAACAGCUUGAAGCACAAACCAAUUUCACUAAAAGAGAACUUCAAGUGCUUUACAGAGGAUUUAAAAAUGAGUGUCCUAGUGGGGUUGUUAAUGAAGAAACAUUCAAACAGAUCUAUGCACAGUUUUUUCCUCAUGGAGAUGCCAGCAUGUACGCACAUUAUCUCUUUAAUGCAUUUGACACUGCACAAAAUGGCUCAGUGAAGUUUGAGGAUUUUGUGAUGGCAUUGUCCAUUCUGUUGCGGGGAACUGUUCAUGAGAAGCUAAGGUGGACGUUUAAUCUGUAUGACAUAAAUAAGGAUGGCUAUAUAAACAAGGAGGAAAUGAUGGAUAUUGUAAAGGCAAUUUAUGAUAUGAUGGGAAAGUACACGUAUCCAGUGCUCAAGGAAGAUGCUCCAAGGCAACAUGUAGAAGUAUUCUUCCAGGUAUGUGAGGACCUCAGUUUGGGUAUAACUACAGGGUAA